UGAACCUGACUGCAGCAGAUACUGUUAUAUUUGUGGACAGUGACUUAAACCCACAGAAUGACCUCCAAGCAGCUGCCUGAGCACACAGGAUUGGCCAAACAAGAGUCGAGACGGGAGUGAUUUCUCAAGACGCUUAUUUCAGUGAUAUUUGUCAGACCACAUGUACUUUGAGGGGAAGGACUACUCUAAAGACCCCAGUGCAGAAGACAAGAAGACCUUUAACUUGAGAAGCAAUUAGCCGAGCUAGAGGAUGCCGGGAAAGAGUGCAGCAUUAAAGAGAGAUAUAGUGUGAAUGAAAGAGCUAAGAUUCUUUAGUUGGCGAAGGUUUCAUUGACUAAUGUAUCACAGAGGCUGAUAUGGGCAGCUGCCCUGUAUGUGUUUGUGUAUGUCUUUUUAUUUAAUUAAAUAUUAUUUAUAUUGUCUAGCUGGUUCUCACCUCCUCCUUUCCUUUUAACCCCCUUACAGAUAGUUCACACAAAAAUUGAAAUGUGUGAUGUACUAAUACUCAUUUUGUUCAAAACAUGUACAAAUUACGUUCUAACAUGGAACACAAAAGGAGAUGUUCACUUUCAUUGUAUGGGAAAAAAAGAUGCAAUUAAAUUAAAUGGUGACCGAGGCUAACAUUCCACUAAAAUUAGAAAGUCAUACAGGUUUGGAACAACAUGAGAGUAAAUGGUAGUAAAUGAAUUUAGAACAGAAUUUAUCUUAUUAACUUCCCAUUCAUUUGGCAUGGUGUGUCCUUUAUGUGUGUUUUUGUUUGGUGUAGAUGAUUCUGGACACUGGGGGGGAGGAAGACUGUUUGCCACUCUUGAAAUCAGAUCAGAUGAGGUGAAGAAGCAGUACGAGUUGACUGGUGACAUGAAAGGUUUGUGUGCUGACUGGACAUCUGAAAUGGCUGCAGCUCUUUUGUAUUCGGCAUAAAUAUGAUGCCUUUUGUGCACUGCUCACAAUCUGCUGCAUACAGACACCGUUCCCCAUAUGGCCAUUACAGUUUCCAGUCCUUCAACCUUCCAGAAGAGAACGACGAGACAAUGAAUAAAACCUUUACUGAGGACUCUAACUGUGACUCGGACACUGAUUCCAAACUCUUUCAUGCUGACACUUGUAUACCCGAGAAUAAAUCCGCCCAUAGUGCAAAGGCUUAUUUCACAAAUAUCUGCAGAGGCAGGAUCUGCAACACCAACUACAGACACACUCAGUCUAAUUACAGCAGUUACCAGCCCCCAUUAGGUCUGCCUUCAGGCUUCAAUCCCCAGACGCCCUUUCCCAGUCAGACUGAAGUAUGUUUGAGCACCCUGGAGCCACACAACGGUGACUUGCUCUGCUCGAGUUCAGUGGGCAGUAGCUCGGUGGAAUACCCAAGUGGCAGUCUACCCUCUUGCUUGGUGUCUGGGAAUUACUGUAGUUACCCUGGUGAUUCAUGCUACUCUGGCUGUGACACUAACUCUCCAGACAGUCUUAGUCUGGGCGAGGCAAGUCUAGAACUGCCCCAGUCACUGCACUCUAUCCCUACUUCAUUCGCCCCUCACAGCUACUACAAGCCCCUGCACCCCUGCCCAUCCCGAGGGCCACCCUGCUGUAGUCACUACCCUCUGGAUGUUUAUCAAGUUGAUCAGGGCUCUCGUCCCAGACCACAUUAUCACAUGCCCUAUUGGCCUUUAUGCCCUGAAAACAGCAGAAAAUCAGCCUCCGAGUUCACUCUGAGCGGCCACACUUCUCUUUACACUCGAGCAAAACUAACCCAAAGCACAGCCCCUCUGUCCCUGGAGCAGAGAAAGGUGUUUGUCACUUAUGAAGCAGACAGUGAAAAACAUGUCAAGGAGAUCAUCAACUUCGUUGCGCUACUGAGACACAAUGGCUUCUACACUCAUAUUGACCUGUUUGAGCAGCAGUUCAAGAGCAUAAGCAAGAUUGACUUCAUGGAGAGAUACAUCAGUGAGAAAGACUAUCUGAUCAUCAUCAUCAUUAGUCCGAAGUACCAUGAUAUUGUGACCAAUGCCUCAUUUUUUAUGGAAAAUGAUGAAACCCUCAACACAGUCUACAUACACAAGCAGUUACAAAAUGAAUUCAUUCAGAAUGGGUCGAGGAAUUACAGAUUUAUCCCUAUCUUGUUUCCUGGUGCCAAGAAGUGUCACGUCCCUUCAUGGCUUCAGAGCACACAAAUCUUCACCUGGCCCAGGGACCGGGAUGACAUCCUUCGUCGACUCAUGCGUGUUGAGAAGUUCAACCCUCCACCCAUUGGAGAGCUACCGACCAUUGUCUCCAUCCCCAUUUAGUUAGCAUAUAUCCAAUGAAAAGUAAAAGUUCGUUGUAAUGAGAUUUGCUAUAUUGGUGAAUGAUAUCUGACCCUUGAACAGGCCUGUGAUCCAAUUAUAAUAGAGCACGAAUGCAUAGUUUGCACUUAAAAGAAGAUAUAUAUUUACCGCAUUGGACUCAAAAUGAGUGUGUAAUGUGUUAAAAUCCUUAUAGCUAUUGCAUUUGAUGUUAUUUAAAUGUAACACUCAGAAUAAGUAUGUCAGGAUGAGUCCUGUCAUGUGGAAGUUCCAUAACUACAUAUCAAUUCGUCAAUUAUGUUAUGCUAAACAUAGUUGAGUGCCAUGAUUUUUGAAGAUCCAUUUCUAUGACUUCGCAUUAGACCCAAUAGCUAUGUAAGAAAUACGUUUCCCAAGACCAAAAACUUUCAGAGACUACCUUUUCAGCACUUUUGCUCAUGAGGUAAACUGAAAUAUGUACAGGACAGAAUUUACAACUUAAACUGACAUAACCACAUUUUCACCUACCACAAGACAAGAGGUUUCAACUUGACUUAAGGAAUGUGCCUGCCUGCCAAAAUAUUUAACAUUCUGUGACAUUUUUCCUUCUGUCUUGGAUUGUAUUCAAUUAAUAUAUUUCCACUGUUCAUGCUUAUAAAAUAUGUCAUAGUCAUGUGGGGAUUUCUUGGUAAUUCAUGUUCUAAAAAAUUAUAAUUAAGAUGGGUUUGAAUGUAUUUUUGUCAACAUGAACACUUUUAUUGAAAGAACUUGGCCUGUUUGUUAUACUGCUUUUACUUCAGCAUUAUUUAAAAUUAUGCUUCAUGUCAAAAAGGUUGCUGACAUGUUAUAGAGAAUAGACCUUAGUCAGAGUAGAUGGGUCAAUGAUGAGAGUCAUUUUUUAAUUCCAGAUUAAAUUAUUCAAAAAUACAUGUUCACACAAAAAGGUCACUUUAAUACACCUAUGAUGAGCAUGUUUUCAAUUUUUUAUAAUUUCAUCAAGAGUUCAAAGUUUUCUGGUGCUUAAAAAAAUGUAAUGUGAUGCAACUGUCCAGAGACAGAAAAACGUGUAUUUAUU